GUCUAAUCCAAAUUCGGGAUAAGAAUAGUGUAAAACCCACUCUUGAGUCUCUUGAACCCACCCAGACCAGAGAGAGUGGGAGAAAGAAGGCUCUCUUUCUUAUCUUCUUCCUCCUCCAAUGUCGAGAGGACCAGGUCGUUUGGUGCAGAACGUGAAACAGUUCGCUGAUGCUCAGUUCAAACACUUCUCCACUCGUUACGGACAACAAGUCAUAGAGAUUCUCGAUUUCCCAAUCAAGCUUGUCUUGUCUCCUAUCACUCUCGCCUUCGACAUCGCUGGCUCUGCACCUCGCGGUUUUGGCAUCCCUGAAUUCAUCUCCAAAAUCUCCUAUCUCUCUGUUUUCGCGGUUGCCACGCUUGGCACUUAUGACAUUGCCUUGGAUUUGGGAAAGAAAGUCAUAUGCCAAAGGGAUUGCAAAACAUGUAAUGGGUGGCAGGCAUUACGGUGCACCAUGUGCAAAGGAACAGGGAGUGUUCAUUACCAGAUCAAAGAUUACAACUUGAGAAGUGGAGAGAAACCAACAGCAGAUUGUAUCGCAGAUGCCAUAGUUGACAAUCGAGCUGAGCUGGUUCAUCUUCCCUCCUCCAUCAACCUUAGUGCACUAUUGCCAUCAAAAGACUGUCCAACUUGCGAUGGAACAGUGCUUGUCUGUGUGUUAAGGAAGAACGAGAUAGGCUUAUAUAAUUUGAUGGAACAUCUACUGAUAUUGCAGGGUGUGAUGAGCUGUUGUGAGUGCAAGAACAAGCUGCAAGUCAGGAUCUCAGCUGACGAUAUCAUGGAACCUCCAUGGAAAGCCUACAAUGUGCUGAGGAAGAUGGAUUAUCCCUACGAGCACAUUGUUCACAGCAUGAAAGAUCCCAGCAUCGCAAAUUUCUGGUUGAUCACUAUGCCUCAGAUUGUGGGUGGGUUUGAUUAUGAUGAAGAUGUCAAGAGGAAAAUAUGGUUGCAAUACGAGGAAUCUAUGCGAUAUGAUCAACUUCGAGACUUGGUGGCUAAGCGAAACCCAGGCUGGGAAUAUUUACAAGAUGCCUUAAUCUCCAUUGAUCCUGUCCGUGCUCGAGAAGACCCCGUCAUAGUGAAGAAUGUUCCUUUUUACAAGGCUAAGAAAGCACUGGAGGCUGAAGUCACAAAGCUUAAUCCACCUCCUCGUCCUCAGAAUUUUGGUACCGGAGGCAUUAGUUCAGAACUAAGAGAUGAAGAUGUACAGGAUCUUAAUCUUCCAUUGAAUACUUCCUCUUGGAGUGAAGAGGAUCUCAAGAACCCGGCGAAGCUGUACGAGAAGACAGUUCUUCUCAAUGCUCAAAGAGAAAUCGCAGACAAAAUCUUGGAUGCACAAUGGGAAGCUAAAUGGCGUCAAGAGAAGGUGGAGGAAAUGUUGGAGGAGAAAGUGAGACCCUUUAUCAAAGACUCAAGCAUGUCUGUUCUUCCGCAGUCCAUCUUGUUAAAGCCGCACAAGCAAAAUCAAAAGGUAGCAGUUGAAUUAGUUGACACUAAAUUAAGGGAAACCGGCAAAGGAAGUGGUGGUUCUUUUAAACAUCACAGUGUGUCGGAACGAAUCUAGAUAAUUGGAAUUACAAUCGAGUUUGUGAUGAAAAUAUGUUUUGUGAUAUGUAUUAUACAUUUAAAACCAGCGUCAACUUUAUUUUAAAAGAAAAGAAAAAGAGUUGUUGUUUUUUGAAAGACACUUGACCGGUUCAUCGCGUAUUACCACGUGUACAGCGGUUCUUUUCCGUGUCACGAUGAUCUGUCUCUCAUGCUUUUCCAAUCAAUCAGUCUCUUUGAAU